AUGAAAGGCUUCAAGAGCACACUGGAUGUCUGCACGCAGAACGAUCAUCUGGCUGCGUGUCUGAAGGACCUCGAUCGAGUGUUGCAGGGCCGAAAGGGGCGCUCUUUCUUGGAAGCCUGCGAGACGCUGACCAAGGAACGCUCGGGAAGCAUUCCACAGGAUAAAGUCGCAGAAGCGGUGCAAUGCUGGAUUUCUUUUUUCCGAGAGCACAAGACACAGCUCACGACGUUGCUACCCAAGUUGGCGACGAGUGCAAGUGUUUUAUAUCUCGGCUGCAUGCAGGGUCUGGAGGCCGCGACCAUGUGCAACGCCCUCACCAACUGGGCGCAGAAGGUGCCCAUGACCACCGGAAACCAGGAGUCGCUUGGGCACUGGCAAACCGCGCCCAAAGACGUGGAACGUCUCAAAGCGUUCAUGAUCGCGGCCCUGCAGCAGCGCCAUACAGAGGGUGCCGCUUGGCUGCGCCAGAACGGCAUGGGUGGAGAUUCCGACGAGGAGGCAGCGACUUGGGGUGUGCCGGACACCGGCAAAGCCCGUGCUCGCUCGAGCAGCUCCGGCACCACAGAUUCCGCUGCACGUCGCAAGAAGAAAGCUGCCAAGAAAGAAAAGAAACGUGCAAAGGAGGAUGCCAAGAGGAGCAAGGCAGCUGCCGCUGCCGAGUCCGGCCCGAAGGCUGACGUCAAGGAGAGUUCCAAGAAGAAGUCCGAGGGACCGCUUGCAGAUGUCAGGUCUUCUUCCACAUCGUCGUCUUCUUCCGGCUCCUCGCGUGGCCGGCGCCCACCUAAGCUGCCUCGAGGACGUCACUUCUGGGUACUCCCGGGGGGCGAUCGAGAAUGCACGGGCCCUGGCGACGGUGUUUGCACCAUGGCCGCGGACGGAUCUGGCCGUCCGGGCAUGGCAGACGAGACGGGCCUGUGCGUCUUUUGCAGUCCCGAGCGUCUCAGAGAGGUACUCGCCAUCCGCGACGGACGGCUUCUGACCCGUGCCCUGUCGCAAUUGCGGGAGCCGCACCUCAGUCUGGCUCUGCGAAAGGUGGAGGCACAAACGGACACGGAAACCGUCGCCAAGUGGCGACUUCGAGUGGAGCGAAGCCAAUGGCGCCAGAAUCCGGCUCGAGCCCGCCGCGGACCCCGAGGCAAAUACGGCAAGAAUAAAGCUUCGCGAAAGCGAGCAUCCAGAUCCGAAAGGAAAGCGCGUCGCGCUCGCAAGCGACCUGCUGCCGCGGAAGCCUGGGGGGUGUGCAAUUCUGCCGAUCGUCCUGCCGGAAGGGACGGGACAUCGGAUGAUCGCAUCGAGGAGGCUUCCUGA